CCUAACUUUCUCUGAGCUCUUUGAUUAUAAACAGACGCCUUCACACUCACCCACUUAAACUUGCCCUCCUCAUCAGAUCUGAAUCUAAACUUAUCUAUCAAACUCAGAUUCAUCGAAAUGGCUUCCUCAAACAACUACGAUGGAAUCCUUCUCGGAAUGGGGAACCCACUCCUCGACAUCUCUGCCGUCGUCGACGAGGCAUUUCUCACCAAGUACGACGUCAAGUUGAACAAUGCGAUUCUCGCCGAGGAAAAACAUUUGCCCAUGUAUGAUGAGAUGAGUAGCAAGUUCAAUGUUGAAUACAUUGCCGGAGGUGCUACUCAGAACUCAAUCAAAGUGGCCCAGUGGAUGCUUCAAAUUCCUGGGGCAACCAGUUACAUGGGUUCCAUUGGAAAGGACAAAUACGGUGAGGCUAUGAAGAAGGAUGCUACUGCUGCCGGUGUCAAUGUUCACUACUAUGAGGAUGAGUCUGCACCCACUGGAACCUGCGGUGUCUGUGUUGUUGGUGGAGAGAGGUCACUUAUUGCUAAUCUUUCUGCUGCCAACUGCUACAAGGUUGAGCACCUUAAGAAGCCUGAAAACUGGGCAUUGGUUGAGAAGGCCAAGUUCUACUACAUUGCUGGAUUCUUCCUCACCGUGUCCCCCGAAUCCAUUCAGUUGGUAUCUGAGCACGCUGCUGCUAACAACAAGGUGUUCACAAUGAACCUCUCUGCUCCAUUCAUCUGUGAAUUCUUCAAAGAUGCGCAGGAGAAGUUCUUGCCGUACAUGGACUUUGUUUUUGGCAAUGAGACAGAGGCAAGAACCUUCUCCAAGGUUCAUGGCUGGGAGACCGAAGAUGUGGAACAAAUAGCCAUCAAGAUUUCACAGUUACCCAAGGCCACAGGAACAUACAAGAGGACCACCGUGAUUACACAGGGGGCAGACCCAGUGGUUGUUGCUGAAGAUGGAAAGGUCACGAAGUACCCUGUCAUCCCUCUCUCAAAGGAGAAGCUUGUUGACACCAACGGUGCAGGUGAUGCAUUUGUGGGAGGAUUCAUGUCACAGUUGGUGAAAGAGAAAUCGAUCGAGGAGUGCGUGAAGGCCGGAUGCUACGCGUCAAACGUGGUGAUCCAAAGAUCUGGCUGCACUUACCCUGAGAAGCCCGACUUCAACUAAAUCCACGCUGAACCAUCCUUUGUUUUGUGAUAUCUUCCAAAUAAAAACAAGCAUCUUUGAUUCAUCAAACUCUCAACGAUUAUUGCCCCAGUGUUUUCUUUUUGGCUUUUUUUUGUUUAUCACCCUUUUAUUACCAUAAUCAUUGAUAAUUUAAGAUCAUCUAUUACUACA